AUGUUCAGAGGCCCUCUGGAUACCCCCUGGGCAGCAGAUGUUUCCCCCAGUGGCCCACGCGGGAUCAAGGCUGGACGCUCUGCCCUGCUAGUGCCCAUCUUGGGAUCCAUUUGGGGAGCUUGGCGCCCAGAGCCAGGAGCCACCCGGUACCGGACACUGGAUCCAAUGGCAGCUGUGCGAAGUUCCAGCAGGCUGACUCCAUUCUCUAUCCAGGCUAUUCUGAACAGGAAAGAGGAGCGUGCCCACACGUUCCCCAGGCUGGCCACUGCAGUCUCACCCGCCUGUUGCUGGAGGAUCUUUGGGGAGAGUGAAGCAGAAGGACUGGGCUCCCCAUGUGGAGGGGCCCCUGGGGCAGGAGCCGGGGGAGAGCCAUCCGGGUGGGACUCGGAUUCAGCCCUCAGUGAGGAGGGAGAACUGGGAAGGCCGGGGGAUAUCGGGGAGAGGAAGAAGCAGAGGCCGCUGGAGGCCAGAGCCAAGGGGGAGGAUGAGGAGGAAACCCCAGGCUGCAGCGACUGCGAGAUAGGAGCCAGUGUCCCAGAUCCCAGCCCUCCAGAUGAGGAUCCCAAGUGUGAGCAGCUGAUGCUAGAGCCCCCCAAGCAGAGAAAGAAGCGCUCCCGGGCUGCAUUCUCCCAUGCCCAGGUCUUUGAGCUGGAGAGACGCUUCAACCACCAGCGAUACUUGUCUGGCCCUGAGCGAGCUGACCUGGCUGCCUCCCUUAAACUAACAGAGACCCAGGUGAAGAUAUGGUUCCAGAACAGGCGCUACAAGACCAAGCGCAGGCAGAUGGCUACCGACCUUCUUGCUGCAGCCCCUGCAGCAAAGAAAGUUGCUGUGAAAGUGCUGGUGAGGGACGAUCAGAGACAGUACCAUCCUGGGGAGGUCCUUCACCCUUCACUGCUUCCCCUUCAGGCCCCUUAUUUCUACCCUUAUUAUUGUGCCCUGCCUGGCUGGACGCUCUCCGCAGCUGCCUGCAGUAGGGGGACACCAUAA